AUGGUCAGCCAAGACACCUGUUAUGUGCUGUCGUUUGCCAUCAUUAUGUUGAACACCAGCCUGCACAACCCCAAUGUCAGAGACAAGCCCCCUGUAGAGCGAUUCAUCUCCAUGAACAGAGGUAUCAAUGAGGGAGGAGACCUGCCAGAGGAACUACUCAGGAAUUUAUUUGACAGCAUAAAAAAUGAGCCCUUCAAAAUCCCAGAGGACGAUGGCAACGAUCUGACACAUACGUUCUUCAACCCUGACAGAGAGGGAUGGCUACUGAAAUUAGGAGGUGGAAGAGUGAAGACCUGGAAGAGACGGUGGUUCAUUCUGACUGACAACUGCCUGUACUACUUUGAAUACACAACGGACAAGGAACCUCGUGGGAUCAUUCCUUUGGAGAACCUCAGUGUAAGAGAGGUGGAUGAGCCCAGGAAACCUAACUGUUUCGAGCUCUACAACCCCAACCACAAGGGUUCGUUGAUCAAGGCGUGUAAGACUGAGGCGGACGGCCGGGUCGUUGAGGGCAACCACACAGUGUACAGGAUAUCAGCGCCCACCACAGAGGAGAAGGAGGAGUGGAUCAAAUCCAUCAAAGCAAGCAUCAGCAGGGAUCCUUUCUAUGACAUGCUGGCAACCAGGAAGCGGAGAAUAGCCAAUAAGAAGUGAGGAGGAGCGCCUGGCCACACCCUUCCCAUCAUCAGCGAUACCAGCAUAGACCCCGGUCUGUCCAGGAGACCAGGGGGGUCUCUUUCACUCAGCCCAGGGACAGGACACAUGGCUGCAUGGCCACAGCAGAGACCAGGGUAAGGGGAUGUAGUGGGGAAUUGACUUUGGAUGCUACACCUCUCCACUUCAUCAGUAUGGAUAAAGGACAAGAUGGGGAAGGGCACUUGAUAUUUUGGUCAUCAGUUUCUUUUCAGAUGUAUGUGUGAAUACAAUUCACACAACUGUAAAUUCUAUGAAGUGUGAAUGUACAGUAUUGUGAGGACACUGAGAAACCGUAUGGUCUGUGCUUCCCCCAGCCAUAUAAGCAUGGAUAUUGUUGCCCUCUAGUGCGUGAGUCGAGUAUGAUUUAAAUGUCAGAAGAGCCUCAAUUUAUGAAUCAGCUGGUCUGAUUUUCCACCCCUGAAACGAUUGACACUAAUACAAUAGGGAUGGUUUUUAUUUUUUUUCAGUUUC